CCGUAACCAUGGUAACCGGAGCUCGGUCCGUUGUGGGAACGGUUGAGUUGGGACUGAGAGUUAAAGCCAGAGAGAAGAGAAGCUGCGGAGAUGCUGCUCAGCGGGAGGAGGAGGCCGAGAUGUCGGGAGAUUCCAGGCCCGACGCCGCAUUCAGUGGCUGUGAUAGCCAGGCAACCUUCAUUCCAGUCUACACGCCACCUGAUCCAGAAGAGACGGAGACAGCAGGAGACCAGAGGCCAGGUUCUGGAGUUAUGCAGAGACCUUCAGAACUGUGACAUGAAAGCCUCAUGGCUGCAGAGCUCCGAGCGUCGCUUCAUCAGAGGCGCCGUGGGGAGGCGGGUCCAGGCGGAGCUGCAGCAUCAUGAGGCCGACAUCAGCGAGAGGAGACGGAGGCUCAGGCAGCUGCUGGACAAUGAGGAGAAGCAGCUCCUGCAGGAGCUGGAGGAGACCAAGGAGACGACGGAGGAGAGACAUGCGAGGAUGAGGGAGGAAGCGAAGGCCCUGAAGGAGAAGAGAGAGAGCGAGAGACAGCAGCUGGUUUCUGAGAAACUGGACCAGUUGUUCCAGGAGCGAUGCGAGGAGCUGCGCAGCAUCCGGAGCCGGCGCCUCAAGCAGGAGUUGUGUCAGGAUAAUGCAGCUCUGGUGAGGAGGCAACAGGAGGAGCGGCGGUGGCUGCAGGAGGAGCAGCGGCUGUUCGACGAGCUGUGGGAGGCCGACUACCAGGCCAAGGGAGAACAGGAGAGCUUGAGAGUCCGACAGCGACAGCAGAAAGACGAGGAGCAGCUGCAGGAGCUGAGGGAGCAGAUGAAGGCUGCAGAACAGAGGAGGCAGCAGGAGAAGGAGCUGAGGGAGGAGAAGCAACGACUUCUGCUGCAGCAGGAGCAGACGAGGCUCCUCCAGGAGGAGCGGCAGCGGCAGCUGAAGCUGCAGCAGCAGCAGAACCGGCGCCGGCAGCUGGACCGAGACCUGAGGCUCAAAAUGAAGCGCCUGGCGCAGGAGCAGCAGGAGGAGCUGCAGCUGGACUUGAAGAUCCUGCAGCCGAUCCAGAAGGAGGAGACUGAACAGAGGCAGGAGUCAGCUCAGAGGAAGGCGGAGCUGCAGGAGGAGCAGAAGCAGUACCUGAAGUACCUGUCUGAGGAGCUGGAGAGGCAGAGGAGAGAGGAGCAGGAGACGGAGCUGCUGCAGGAGGAGAAGCUGAAGGAGAUCUGGAUGAAACGGGAGGAGCAGAGCCGGCUGCAGAGAGAGGCCAGAGAGCGGCAGAUGGAGGAGGUGAUGGAGGCGCGCCGCCUGCAGAUCCAGAGCAAACUGGAUGCAAACCUGCAGAAACAGGAGCAGCUGGAGAAGGAGAAGGAGGAGAUGGAGAGAGAGGCACAGGAGGCCAGCCUGCAGCAGGAGGAGGAGAGAAGAAGGCGCAGGCAGGCAGCAGCCGCGUAUGAGGCAGACCUGCAAGCUCAGAUGCAGCAUCAGGAGCGUCUUCGCAGCGAGCAGCAGGCUGAGACCCUCAGAGAGCAUCAGCAUGAACUGAUCCGGGAGCAGCUCUACAGAGACAAGAGAAACAGCCUCCUGGACAAAAUGGAUGGCAGCUGCCAUCCUUUCAGACGGCUGAGGUCAGCAGAGAUGAAAUGAGGAUCUCCAAGUUUUACCUAAUAACUGAAUCUGCAGAACAGACCUGUAAUAAAACCUUAUAUAAGUCCA